AAGUUGGGGAAAAAGACAAAAUUUGGCCUAGCAUUUUACACGCUACUCUUCCUUCCUCUCUUCCCCCUCCCAUUUUUUCAUAACCAACGCUGAUUGGAAAACAUGUCUGGAGCUCUCAAUCUCAUCUCCCGCCUGGCGAUUCCGGCUGCUGUCGGGGUUUCGCUUUUUCAAUUGAGCGUAUAUGACGUCAGGGGUGGAACCAGAGCGGUGAUUUUUGAUAGGUUGACGGGGGUUAAGGAGAAGGUUUGUUUGCUGGUUUAUGAAGGAUGUUGGAGAUGAGACGGAGAUGAAGGUUGCUGAUAUGGGGGAAUAGGUCGUUAAUGAAGGGACUCACUUCCUGGUACCUUGGUUGCAGAAGGCGAUUAUCUAUGAUGUUCGUACAAAGCCUAGGAAUAUCUCCACUACUACCGGGAGUAAAGAUCUGCAGAUGGUAUCUUUGACCUUGAGGGUUUUGCAUAGACCUGAAGUGCAGGCUUUGCCUAAGAUUUACCAGGUUUGCUCUGCCUCCCUCCCCCCCUCUCGGCAUCAAACUCUAACAAGAUUGGAUUAUUGUAGUCCCUCGGUCAAGACUACGAUGAGCGAGUCCUCCCUUCCAUUGGCAACGAAGUCCUAAAGUCAAUCGUGGCCCAAUUUGACGCAGCCGAGCUCAUCACCCAGCGCGAGCAAGUCUCCAACCGCAUCCGUGCCGACCUCCUCAAGCGAGCGCAGGAAUUCAACAUCGCGCUCGAGGAUGUCUCUAUCACGCACAUGACCUUCGGUCGCGAAUUCACCCGCGCCGUCGAGCAGAAACAGAUCGCACAGCAGGACGCCGAGAGGGCCAGGUUCAUCGUCGAGAAGGCCGAGCAGGAGCGUCAGGCGAAUGUCAUCCGUGCCGAGGGAGAGGCCGAGAGUGCUGAGACCAUCUCUAGAGCUGUGGACAAGGCUGGUGAUGGGUUGAUCUUUAUUCGUAGGAUUGAGGCCGCGAAGGAAGUUGCGCAGACUUUGGCUAAUAAUCCCCAUGUUACGUACUUGCCUGGUGGUGAGGGCGGGCCGAAAAUCUUGCUCGGCCUGAGGACUUAAAAGGGGAGAGAAGGGGAACAAUCGGGGGGUUGCUGGAUUUCGAUCCGGAUGGGUCCUAUGGGUGAUUCUCUUUUUAUUUUACUCUCAGCGGGGUGAUCGAGACCGCGGAUGCUUCUUUUCGGGUACAUAAUUGUCUACAAGAAAAUAGCAAUCUCCCCUUUCUUUCUUUUUGAAUUAUUCGAUUGCGGUUGCAGUAUUCAAUGCGAAUGGACUUGAACUUCUACAAUGAAGCUCUGGAU